AUGUCCCUCAAGCAAGAACUGGGAGAACUGAAAUGUCUCCGAAGUUUGGAUUUGAGCAGUAAUCCACUUCGUUACAAUACCCUUACGGUCAUCAGUAAAAUACGGCUCCUUUCUCAUCUCAGGUUCUAUGAUUUAAAUCUGGAUGAAUUUCCCCUGGAAAUCUGCAAACACCUUCAUCACUUGAAGCUACUGGGGCUCUCAAACAACAACCUAAAAUGUCUUCCCAAGGAAAUAGUGAAUUUUACCCAACUUCAAGAGCUCUAUCUAAAGGAGAAUGAAUUUGAACAUUUUCCUUUGGAACUCUGUCAACUGCAUAAUCUAGAAAUUGUAGAUCUGGAGAAAAACAAUCUGAGUGUCAUUCCGGAUGAAAUUUCAUCCUUGCAGAAUUUAUCUCAGUUUUAUCUCGCCGACAACAAGCUGACAAUGGUGCCUGAUUCACUGAGCAAGUGUUGUAAACUGUCUCUGCUUGAUUUGUCAACAAAUCAAUUGUACAAACUCCCUCGAAGUUUAAAGCAAUUGACAGAAAUGAAGGAAUUUAGCAUCUCGGGGAAUGCCCUGGUUGGUUUUCCACGUCUGUUACGGCAUUGGAAAUGCCUUACUGUGAUUUACCUGAAGAACUGUGGCCUGAAAGCGAUACACCCUUCGUUUGGAAAACUAACCAAUGUAAUAAUUUUAGAUUUAAGUGAAAAUCUUCUGGAAGAAUUUCCAGCACAGAUCUGUGCAAUGGAAAAUCUGGAAAUAUUGUCCCUGGAUGACAAUCAGAUAAGUGAGAUACCUCCAGCCGUAAAUAAGCUUUAUCAGCUAAAAAGCCUUGGUCUAACCGGCAACAGGUUCGUCUCGUUCCCUGAGGAAAUAUUCCAUAUUGUAUCACUAGAGACACUCUACCUGGGACAAGAUACAGGGACCAAAUUAACAGAUUUACCAGAGAAUGUUAGCCAAUUGCAGAAUUUAAAAGAACUGUACAUCGAAAACAACUUCUUGGAGUACCUUCCAUCAAGCAUAGGAUUACUGAAUAACUUGGAAAUACUUGACGCUCAUAACAACUUUCUUAUAGAACUGCCUGACUCCAUAUGCCAACUACAAGGUUUGCAGAAGCUAUUACUCCAUAACAACCAAUUAUUUCAAAUCCCAGAGAACCUGGACAGUCUAGAAAAAUUGCAAGAUCUAUCACUGGAAGGGAAUCCUAUGAUGGACCCACCAGUGGAGGUGUUUAGUCAAGGGUUGUCAGCCAUAUGGGAAUAUUUACAACAGGCAAGAAAAACAAAAGAGACAACCAUAAAG